AUGACGUGGUACCAGCCUGGUGACUUCCUCAUUGGUGGGAUUGCUUCUCAGUUCCUUUAUAAUUCUGAAGAACUUUCUUUUAAGGAGCAUCCCUCCCAGAAAUUGUUUCAGAUGUCAAUAGCAGUCACCAAAUUCUACCAGCAUGUUCUUGCCUUGGCAUAUGCUGUGAAGGAGAUCAAUGAGAAUCCCCGAUUCUUGCCCAACGUCACCCUUGGGUUCCACAUUUAUGACAGCUACUAUGAUAGAAUGAUGACCUAUCGGACCACUUUGGACCUGCUCUUCAGUUCGGAUAGAUUUGUCCCCAACUAUAAAUGUGACACCAAGAAAACCCUCCUGGGUGUCAUUGGGGGACUUGGAACUGAUACCUCCUACCAUAUUGCAGACAUUCUGAGUCUUUAUAAGAUUCCACAAUUCCAUCCGAUUCUUCAAGAUAUGAACAACUGUUUUCAAUGCUCAGAAGAAAAAUACCCAAGCAAGGAGCAAGAUCGAUGUCUUCCCAAAAGAAGAAACUUUCUGUCAUAUGGAGAAGGCUUAGGCGUCACUUUCACUUCACUUGCAGUUGUCUUGUCCCUCAUCAAUGCUGCAGUGUUAGGAAUUUUCAUAAAGCAGAGAGAGACCCCCCUUGUCAAAGCCAACAACCGAGACCUCACCUACACUCUCCUCAUCUCUCUACUCUUCUGCUUCCUCUGCCCUCUGCUGUUCCUUGGCCAACCAAGGGAAGGCACCUGCCUUCUCCAACAACCAGUUUUUGGGAUGGUCUUCUCUCUGGCUAUUUCCUGUGUGUUAGCUAAAACCAUCCUUGUCUCUCUCGCCUUCAUGGCCACAAAACCCGGGUCAACCGCAAAGAAAUGGAUAGGGAAAAAAUUGGCCCUUUCCAUUGUCUUUUCUGGCUCUGUCAUUCAAAUAGGCAUUUGUCUGUUUUGGUUGGCAAGUUCUCCCCCAUUCCCUGAUUUAGAUAUGGACUCAGUUAUUGAGGAAGCCAUUCUGCAGUGUAAUGAAAGGUCUCCCGCCAUGUUUUAUCUUGUCUUGGGCUACAUGGGCCUCUUGGCUACUGCCAGCUUCAUUGUUGCCUUCCAUGCCCGAAAAUUACCUGACAGUUUCAAUGAAGCCAAGUUCAUCACCUUCAGCAUGUUAGUGUUUUGCAGCGUCUGGAUAUCCUUUCUUCCCACCUACUUGAGCUCCAAGGGGAAAGACAUGGUGGCCGUGGAGGUCUUCUCCAUUUUGACCUCCAGUGCUGGGUUACUGGCUUUCAUCUUUUUCCCUAAAUGCUACAUCAUUACUGGAUGGCAACACGACGGCCCUGGUGGUGUGGAGGAGCAGCCUAACGGUUCCCUGACCCCUGGUGGCUCGGCAGAACUCAGCAAACUCCAGCAUAGCCGAGUCAGCUCAGCAACACGGCACCCUUGCGGUGAGGAGCAGCAGACUUGGCGUCUUCUCUGGGCUGUGGGCCCCAGCAGUGGAGUGGCUGAUGACAGGGGGCAAUGA